GGGAAAUGUUCUGUUUCCUAUCUUUAGCCAUUUACUCGACCGUUUUUCAUUGUGCGCGCGUAUUUGCGGAUGUAUGAGAAAUGUUUAUCGAGGCUCAGCGUUAAUACCCUGCUUUUGAAUGUGUGGCUGAGCUCCCCGAGCGGCCGUAGUGAAAGGAGUCAGUGGAGCGCAGGAGGCUGCAGAGAAAGGGCUAGUAAAUAAAGGUGCGCUUUUUUGUCCAGAAUCGCCUGUGAAAAGCGUCAAAUUGCAGUCUUGCCACAGAGCGAGUCAGCGGGGCAAAUGCAGGUUCAUGUCUGCACCAAUACAAAAAAUAAAGCAAACGUUUUGAGAUCAACCAUUAAAGGUUAUUCAGCUAUUAUUUUACUUUGUUGUAUAGUUUUUUUUAUAAUUAAGUAAUUGAAGUCUGUGUUUUGCGCAAAUAACAUUGCACUGAAAUUAAGUGGCGUGAUUAAGGGAUAAGGUUACAUGUUGAAAAACGCACGCGUCAAGGUAAUGGCAAAGGAGUAAAUUGUGAACUGUGCCAUUUGAACGACAUGUAUGUAAAACACACAGUAUACCAAGCUGACUUUGGAAAGACCACAUUCAGAGGAGCAGGGAAUCGACACCAGUUUCCCCCUCCUCUCCUCCCUCCCUCUUUCCCUCCCUCCCUCCCUUUCCUUAUCCCUCGUCCAUCGCCACCGAUUUGAUUAAGGAUCCAAGUAGUGGGUGAAGUCGGAGCACAGCACCGGCAGACAGCCCGUGUGCCUCCUGACAGCGCCUGUCAAACAGCCAGCCGCUCCCCCCCCAGGGAGCUGUUUAUUCACACCACCCCACCACAGACUCCGGAGCAACGGGGACCAGGUUUCCCAAACUCUGUUUACUUCACUUUUCCCGUCUGCGCGCACAGGACACAGGACGGACAAGAAGCUUUUGAGAAAGAAAGAGAGAGAGAGAGAGUGAGAGAGAGAAUGAAAGAAUGAGAGACAAGACACCAGAGAGGUACUGAACAAAGCUUUUGGAGCUCUUGGUCUCUGAAUUUGUCAGUUUACUUCCCGGAUGUUUUUUUUUUUUUUACUGAGCAGACGAGAGAAGGACGGCGCUGUGACAUCCCUCACACUGCUUCCGGACAUCUGGAAUAAGACCUCGCAGUUCCCAAGGACGCUCGGGGGACUUUGAGGAAGACCCUGCGUCGACCGCGCUUCUGGCACAGAUUCCCAGUGCAGAGAGUCGGUGCCAGUCUGAACCUCUGCUGAUUUAAGGGGCGCACCCCCGGCCCCCGCCCGAACCCCUGCCUUAUUCGGGCUUGAGAGCGACCCCAACAAGGGCUAGAGGAACCAUGGAGGACCACCAUCCCGACUCCCUGUUCCCCAAAUCCACCCUCAUCCCCGUCACCAUCGUCUGUCUCCUGCUCUUCCUGGUGGGCGUGACCGGCAACACCAUGACCAUUCUCAUCAUCCAGCGCUUCAAGGACAUGAAGACCACCACCAACCUCUACCUGUCCAGCAUGGCCGUCUCCGACCUGGUCAUCUUCCUCAGCCUGCCCUUCGACCUGUACCGGCUGUGGAAGUACAUGCCCUGGGUGUUCGGGGAGCUGGUGUGCCGCCUGUCGCACUACAUCAACGAGGGCUGCACCUACGCCACCAUCCUGCACAUCACCGCGCUCAGCAUGGAGCGCUACCUGGCCAUCUGCUUCCCGCUCAAGGCCAAGGUGGUGGUGACCAAGCGGCGGGUCAAGUACGUGAUCCUGGCGCUGUGGGCCUUCGCCCUGCUCUCCGCCGCCCCCAUGCUGGUGCUGGUGGGGGUGGAGCACGAGAACGACACGCACCCGGACCACAGCACGCGCCAGUGCAAGCACACGGCCUACGCCGUGUCCUCGGGCCUCCUCCGCACCAUGAUCUGGGUCUCCACCGCCUACUUCUUCUGCCCCAUGUUCUGCCUGCUCUUCCUCUACGGCUCCAUCGGGCGCAAGCUGUGGCGGAGCCGCGCGGACCUGCGCGGGCCCAACGCCGUGGGGCGAGAGAAGUCCCACCGGCAGACCGUCAAAAUCCUGGCGGUGGUGGUGCUCGCCUUCGCCAUCUGCUGGCUGCCCUUCCACAUCGGCAGGAACCUGUUCACCCACGUGGACGACUACCCCACCGCCAAGCUGAGCCAGAACUUCAACGUGGCCUCCAUGGUGCUGUUCUACCUCAGCGCCUCCAUCAACCCCGUCCUCUACAACCUCAUGUCCCGCAAGUACCGGGCCGCCGCCCGCCGCCUCUUCCUCUGCUGCCGGCACCGCCACCGGCACGCGCCCAGCCAACGGCAGCUGUCCGGGCGAGACGACCUGCCCACCUGCGACGAGACUCUCACCGGGGUGUAAGAGGCCCGCCGGAACGGUGGGCGGCGGGCGGGCUACGGCGUUCGCGGAGGGACCGGAGAGGGAGGGGGGGGGGCGGCCGAUAGGGAGCGGGUCGGUAUGUUAAGGCUUU